AUGAAACUUCGAAUGAUUCUCAUCUGCACUAUCUUGUUCAUGGUGACUGCCUUUGGUCAGUCCAUCAACAAUGAGCAGGUAGUAUCCGUCUCCAACGCCAGCCUCGAAGGCACACUUCUCGGCAGCUCAGUUAUUCAGGAUGGGCUGCCUGUCAAAUCGUCUGCUGCUAGACCUGGACCUUUCAAUCCUGCUUUGGGCGAGGACUAUGACCCCGAAGUAUUCGCCAGCAACCAGCUAUGGGAGGAACGUGUCACCAUAGGUAGUUACAUGUUUUGUCUCAUGAUGGCAUCAGACACAACGGCUGGAAUGCUCAUGGAAGAUGACCGAGAGCCGCCUUCAGCUUUUAGCGCAUGGGCGAUGCACGACAUAAAUCGCAUCUUGGGGUUGUGGGGCUGGUUUAACACCCCAACGGCCCAAGGUAGGGAAUGCGACUUCAGGUCGGUAGGAUUACAAUAUGCUUUUGAAGGGCUUGGCCUCAAUUAUGAGCCGAAGUACGAUGACGGAUUUCAACCUGCCAAUGGAGAGAAUGUCUGCUUCUCCAUUCUACAUUGGAACCGCCGCAGGGCUCUGCCUGACAAUCCGCGUCAACAACCGUUGCCUAUCAGGGAGCAGCUGUACAGGACCCCGCGAACAGUUUUGGCGUUACAAACAGGCGCAACCUAUGAAUUUGCUGUUAAUAUAAGGGAUGGCGCAAUCAUCGCAAGAACAACAAUGAGCCCAAGUGCUGCCGUGCGACACCCGUUUAGUUGGGGUCGGGAAGCGCGGCCUCAGGAACUCCCUGAACUACAACAUGUUACCGACAUCUACUGGGGAUUCUGGAAAAUGCAUAACCCCAAUGUCAGAAACUUUCGUGUCUAUGGCGUCCAAGAUGUCAUAGAAGACCACACUGUUCUCCUCGUGGCUCGCGCGCUGCGAAACAGGCGCAAAUUUGCUUUGGAGAUUUGGCCGGGCGUCAUAUUUGAGAAAGGUAGCGAAGAGUUCAUGGCAUUGAUCGGCUCUCCUAUUGGCAAAACUAUUGCCAGCUUUCUCAUCACCCACAAACCUUGGCUCGGCCUGAAAUAUAUCACGCACGUCAUAGUUGUUUGUGACGGAAACGAUCAAGACCGUUGCACAAGAGGUAUGGGUAAGAUGCACUUAUUCUUCACCAUCGAUGAUGUGCAUUUCGAGAAUGAACAAGGCAGUGAUCAGAGCGAUGGGAACGGAGAGACGGGCCAGGUUGAAAGCCAUGUCCUCCAAGUGAGGGAUGACGGGAAGCACGUUAUCCGGGAGCACAAGGUCACGGCGAAUCUCUAG